AUGGCGGAAAACCUGCGGAGGCUGGUCUCCAACGAAUCUUUACGGGUGUUGCAGGGAAAGUUGGAGUCCUGGAUGAAGGAAUACAACAACAACUCAUGUGAUCAGAAUCUAAACCUCUGCCUUGAGCUCAUAGAACAAGUGGCCAAAGUCCAGGGACAACUCUUUGGGAUACUUACUACAGCAGCCCAAGAAGGAGGACAUAAUGAGGGUGUGGAAACCAUCAAGUCCCGCCUUCUGCCUUGGCUGGAGGCUUCCUUCACUGCUGCUUCCAUGGGGAAACCUGUUGACAGCAAGGUGCCCUCUCUACAGGACACAUUCGAUAGGGAGAGGCAUAAAGACUCGGGUCCUCGGGAUCGAGAUUAUCAACUGGACUAUGAAUUAAACACAACCCGUGUUCAGAUUCAAGACGAUCGGACUGAAACAGAAAGGAAUCUGGAAGAAACCAAGAACAGAUCGGCCAUAUCCCUUUUGGCUGCAGAGGAGGAAAUAAAUCAGCUAAAAAAGCAGCUUAAAUCUCUUCAAGCCCAGGAGGAUGCUCGCCACAGGAGCUCAGAGCCCAGGCGCUCUGAACAGCGGAAAUCUGAACCACGGGCCUCCAGGCGGAGCCCAGAAGAGCAGGACACAGAUGUGAUUUCUGACUAUGAGAAACAGCUCCGAACCCUGAAGGACGAGAUAGCCGUGCUGUCUGCUGAGAAAGCCAAUCUCCAAGGAAGGUCGGACAGGAGCCGGUCUCCUAGCCCCAACGCUCGCAGCCGCAGCCAGAGCCAGAUCCAGAGCCGCAGCCAGAGCCGCAGCCAGAGCCGAAGCCAGAGCCGCAGCCAGAGUCGCAGCCGGUCUGCCAGUCCCUCUGCCGCAGUCGCCAAAAUCAGGAGCCCGUCGCCCAACCGGGCCAAGCUGUCCAGUGUGGCGCGCAAAGCAGCCCUCCUUUCUCGCUUCAGCGAUGCCUAUUCCCAGGCCCGCCUGGAUGCGCAAGGCUUGCUGCGGCGCUGCAUCGACAAAGCGGAUAUGGUGCAGCGAAUCAUCUACAUCGCCACCGUGGAGGCAUUCCAUGUAGCUAAAAUGGCUUUCAGACAUUUCAAGAUCCGUGUGCGGAAGUCACUGACCCCGUCCUACGCGGGGUCGAAUGACUUUGAGAAUAUUGUCUCAGACUACAUCAUUUGUCAUCUUGAUCUCUACGACUCCCAAAGCAGUGUGAACGAUGUGAUCCGAGCCAUGAAUGUCAACCCCAAGAUUUCAUUCCCUCCUGAGGUAGACUUCUGCCUCCUCAGCGACUUCAUCCAGGAGAUAUGCUGCAUCGCGUUUGCCAUGCAGUCUUUAGAACCACCUCUGGAUAUUGCAUUUGGGGCAGAUGGAGAGAUUUUUAAUGAUUGCAAGUACCGCCGCAGCUAUGACUCCGAUUUCACAGCUCCACUGGUUUUGUAUCAUGUGUGGCCUGCACUCAUGGAGAACGACUGUGUCAUCAUGAAGGGAGAAGCUGUCACCAGGAGAGGGGCUUUUUGGAAUUCCGUACGGUCUGUAACUCGGUGUCGAAGCAGGAGUUUGAGUCCAGUCUGUCCUCGCAGCCGUAUUGGUCUAAGCACGUUAUCUCGAAGUCGGAGCCCUUCUCCAAUACGAUGUACAUUGCCAAGGUUUUAAAGCCACCAGAUGUGCUCCUUUGGCACAGUCCACCAUCACAACCAACAUCUGCAGUCUCCAUCUACCCGCCUUAUCUGCCUCCGUCCUCACUUACCUUAAUGUGAAAAGGCAAUUCUGUGUACCACUCCACAGAGACAGUUAAAUGCUUUGGCUUAGC